AUGGACGUCGUCGUCGGGCUGCCGUCGUCUCCGCCCGAGUCCGGGCGCUCCUCGCCGUCUCCGACCGCGUCGCCCGAGUUCGAGUUCUGGAUGGUGGGCAAGAACCCGGGGACAUUCCCCUCCCCCGCCCUGCUCACCGCCGACGAGCUCUUCUCCGACGGCAUUGUGCUCCCUCUCCACACCCUCCAGGCCCCUCCUCCUUGCCCCGACGCCGGCCAAGACGACGGCGAGGAAGACGCUGAGGAAGAUGCCGACCCCAACGUCGACGUCAACGACUCCUCGGAGCCGCCGGAGGAGGAAGGGGAGCCUGCCGCGCAGCCGCUUGCGGAGGCCUGCGCCGUCCCGACGCUGGACCUCCCCGCGGUCACUUUCAAGUGGAAGGACAUCUUCAAGGCCACCGGCGAGUCCAAGGAGCGCGCCAAGAAGGCGGAGCGCCGCGUCAGCAGCGUCAGCGGCAACGCCGAGCUCAUCAACAUCAACAUAUGGCCCUUCUCCCGGAGCCGCUCCGCUGGCCACUCUACCUCCGGCGCCGGAGCCGGCGCUAGCAGCAAGGCCAAGGCGAGCACUCCCAGCACCGGCAACGCCAGUGCCGCUGCUGCCAGCGCACCGGUGGCGGCUACCGCGACGGCGGCGGGGCGCAAGGUGAGCAGCGCGCCGUGCUCCCGGAGCAACUCCCGCGGCGAGGCCUCCGGGUCGGGGGUGCCGGCCGUCGCCAUCGCGGCGGCAGCGGAAAAGGCCGCUGCGCAAGCGCCCGCCACGUCCAUGCUGAGGCGGUGGGUUCCCGGCGGUCAGGGCAGAGCAGGCCUGAGCGCGAACGGCAUCCGCCUGGGAAGAGCCAGCCCAGUCUGGCAGCUGAGGCGCAACAAGCUACAGCAGCAGCAGCAAGCCGCCGCGGAGCAGAAGCAGAGCAGCAACGCCACCGCCAGCGGCAAGAACAAGGCCGUCCCGGAAUACGACGCGGCGACGAGCCAAGUCCAAGCGGACGCCGGCGAAGCAGCAGACAAGGCGACGGCGUCCGCUGCUGCAGACGCAGCGCCGGCGACCGUGAGCGCGCCAGCCGCCGCGUGCCGGAACAACGCGGCCUGCGCGGAGGUGGCCGGCGAGGAGUGCGUGCCGCCGCAGGGGCUGUUCGGCCUCGGCACCUUCUUCUCCAAGAAGGUGUACUGA